ACGGGCAAAUACAGCGGAAAAAAAAACUGUCCGGUUCCGAAGUUGGCAGCGGUGACGAACGAGAAGACGAAAUGGAUGACUGGGAGGAGGAGGAAGGCGAUAAGGAGGAUAUUGAUGAAAACGAAGUUCGUGAGCAAGUUGGAAGAGCCCAUAUGAAGACAAUGCUUGAUCAAGACCAGCGUGAAGUUCGACUUUUUCAAGAGCUUUUUCUCGAAGAUGGAGAUUUGCAUUCUGAUGGCGGUGGAAGGCAAAGACAAUUUCGGUGGAAACAGGCUGAUGGUGAAAAUACUGAGGAGACGGUGCCCGUCCAAAAAAUCAAGAAGAUGAAGAAGAUGAAGCUGCUGAAGAACAGGAUGAUCUCACAUGGAGAAAAAUUCACAGUGAUAGAGAAAAAUGGCUCCUGCAACAAAAGUCGCAACAGGAAACGAAUAAAGAAGUGCCAUUGGUUAUGAGCCGGCAAACUAAAAUGGUGAAAAUCAACACUGCUUCCAAAACCAUUAAUCAAAUUACAGAAGGCGAUUCCUCCGCUGCUACUGCCAACGCCAAGCAGUCAACGCAUUCUAAGGCGAACAUUGUGACCACUGUAGGUUACUUUUACAAAGUGCUUAACACAUUGUAGAGAUCAGCGCUUAUAUACUUUCCUACU